UCGUUAUCCACAAUCGAACGAAAAUGAUGAUCAGCAUGUUAUUCUGCGUAAACAAGAUCACGGUUAUUUAUUUCCACACAAUGAUGCAGAUGAUGAUAAUGAUCUUCACAAUAACAUGUUAUCCCCAAUUGUUAAUGUAAUCACGCGUUCCAAAACAAAAGAUGUUCUUUUCCCAACAUUAUCCACAAGUCAUUCUACAAAUCCUACAAGUUGUCCACCCAUUACAACACAUUUCGCAUUACCGCAACGUGAACGAUAUCAAACCCGGUCAACAACAGGUCAAACAAUGCAUGAUGCUUCCACGUCUAUAACAACAUUGCCUGCUUCGCCCUCAUUAAU